AAAUUGUGACUGUAAUAAAUUAUGAACUGAAAAUCCCUUUUGAUGCCGGGUAUAUAUUUGUAAAUCUUCAGACAACACAAUCAAUAUGAUCACUGAUCGACAAAUCUUCAAACAUGAAUAAUCCGCAUAAAUGAAUAACCCCUACGAAACAACCCCGCCACGCUUCGACACGCCUAUCAUCGGCCAGUCCGUCUGUCUUGAUACAACUCCACUAUCAACUCUUACUCAUCAACGCGACCGUCUACUCAGCUUCAGCCUCUUCACCACAAGCAAUAUCAACCGCAAGUUUGCUCCGGAGCAUCACAAAGACCAAUUGAUUGAUACCCAACAAUAUUCUAGUUGAGCCAAACAUCAUAUCAUGGCUGCCACGGUAACCUUACCAGAUGAAGAGCUUCAGGAAAUCUACGCCUUUGCGUUGGAUUUGGGGAGGAGAGCGGGAACGAUAUUGAUGGAGGGGGUGGAGAAGAGAUUUGAGGGGGAUAAUGGGGGGAAAGAAGAGGAAAAGAUGAAUGCGGUGGAUAUAGUUACGCAGACUGAUUUGGGUAUGUUUUGGAUUUUUGUGCUGGAUAGGAGUGCAUCGAUAUAUUCCAUAGAUGCCGAGAGAUGGAUAGAAAGGACAUAUAGCUAAUCACGUGUAUUGGAUAGAUGUCGAGGCAUUUGUUAAGCAUGAGAUAUUGAGUAGAUUUCCAUCACAUAAGUAUAUACUAAUUCCGUCUCCUCUUCUAUUCCCCAAACAGGAUCUUCAGCUAACAAAACCCCAGAUUCAUCGGAGAAGAAACUUAUUCCUCCGGCUCCUCCAAACAGUAUCUCGUUGAUUCUUCGCCUACCUGGAUUGUAGAUCCCCUCGACGGAACAGUAAACUACACGCAUUUAUUCCCUAUGUUCUGCAUCUCCAUUGCCUUCUGUCUCAAUGGAAUUCCUAUCAUCGGAGUCAUCUAUGCCCCUGUCCUCGAUGUAUCCUAUUCUGCUCUCGCCGGUCAUGGCGCAUGGGAAAAUGAUCACGUAGGAAUUGGCAAUAGUGUUGCUUCUGGGGGUGAUAGCUCUGGUUCGGGGAAGCUGAAGAGGAAAAGACAAUUACCGUAUGUGAAGGGAAAACCAUUAGGUAAAGAGGCGCCGAAGGGGUGUACGUUUAGUUGUGAGUGGGGGAAGGAUAGAAGGUAUACUGAGGGGGGGAAUUUGAGGAAGAAGAUUGAUAGUUUUGUUAAUUUGGCGAGUGAAAUUGGUGGGAGGGGUGGUAAAGGGGGGAUGGUUCAUGGGGUUAGGAGUUUAGGGAGGUGAGUGGUUAUUCUUUUAUGCCCUUUUCCAGUUGUGAUAAAAGGAUAGAAGGAAAGAUACAAUGCUAAAAUUACUGUCAAAUACAGCGCGACAAUGGAUCUAGCCUACACAGCAACAGGAGCCUUUGACAUUUGGUGGGAAGGAGGUUGUUGGGAAUGGUACGUUCAGUUUUUCUGAUUCAUCCUUUUCCUCCCCGUACUAUUCCGUUGAACACACACUAAUCAAACCAUGCAGGGACGUAGCAGCAGGAAUCUGCAUUCUCCGCGAAGCCGGCGGUUUAAUAACCACUGCAAAUCCACCUGCCAAUCCCGAAACCGAUCCUAUCGAAGAAGUGAAAUUGGGUAGUCGCUUAUAUUUAGCUAUUAGGUAUGAUUUCUUCCUUCCUCUUUCCUGUGUCCUCUUUUCACUUUCUUCAUUCCUUCUCCCUCAUCUUCAUCUUCCUCACCAUAAAUUCCCUCCUCGAAAUCUACCUACAAACAUCACAAACCACCCAACAGAAUACAUCCAAAUCACAUCACUCCUCCACAAUCCAUAAUCCAUCAUCCACCCACCAAAACUAACAAAACCCGCCACUCCUCAGACCAGCAGGCGCCACAGCCACAGAAACAGGACGACAGCAACAAGAGCGCGUGGUGCGCGAGGUAUGGAAACGCGUUGAGGCAUUAGAUUAUACACGUCCUGGGGCUUAGAUCUAUUAGUCCCAGGCUUUAAAUGUUGGUGGGGGAGGGUAUAUAUUAUGUGAUUUAUCGUCGUAUGAGAAUCUAGAAGCGAAGAGUUGAUUAAGGGGUUCGGGAACGCGUGGGGAGGUGAUUACAUGAUGUUGCAUGAUGUUGUAAAUGAACGGAUAGAGAUGAUGCUAUAGUUUAUAGAUGUAUAUGU